AAAAAUGUGUGCAGUAAGGAGAGUUGGUCUGCUUGGUGGUUUUGUCAGUGUAUGCGUGUGGGUGUACACACAAUGCAGUAGUGGGUGUAAUAGUUUUCUUCAGGAGGGAGGGUUAAAAUAACUCGCCUGUGCGGCUACCAAUGAAUAGGACAUAUGUGCAUUUGGGAGUUGAGUGCAUGUUCUGUACCAGGAGGUCAUUAGCUAAGUAGAUUGCCGAGGAGGGAGAGCGAGCGCAAGCAGCUUAGCGUAACAAAAGCAGUUUGUUCGUCUGCACUGUGGGUAAAAGAACACUUUGGCACUGGCGAGUAACAAGGCAGCAGUGGAGCCUGCUAGUAAAAAAAAUUGUUAAAAGAAAUAGAAAGCGUGAAGGCAGGCAGUCCCAUUGUGUGAACUAGCUAUUACCAGAGUUGCAAUCUUUCUCCCUGCAUGUCUCUGUGUUAAUUGGACAUUGUGGAUGCUGUUAGUCAUGGUUCCAGGCUGACGUUUUGACGGAGCUGAGCUUGAGAGUUUCCUCUCCACUCCCUACUGAACUAUUGCUUGAUCUGAUCACGUGAAGACUCUAUAUCACUAUGAGUAUAUUGACUGUCAGUUGAUGCCACUAGAUACGUCACUAGCUACAAGACCUGCAUUGCUUAAACAUUAGUUGCCAAUUCACUAUCUGCUGUAUUGGAACUUGGAAGACUCAAUAUAUGAACAUUGUUUGGUGGGGUCAUAGCCUGUAGUACCUACACUGGAUUGGAAGAUUUUGAUAUUGUUGCUUUGGAAGAGGAACAAGGUACUCUCAUUGCUGUUUAGAUGAAUUCAUUACCACAGGGCCCACUGCAAGGCAGCCCUCUCAUCAUAAACAGGACAUAAACAUUGACGACUUGUUCACAAUUGCCAUCCAGUAUCGGUGAAACUCAUCUGGAACAGUCAUUUUCUAGGAUUCUAAGUUCAUCAUCGGAAUACUGAGGGUCUGUCGCUACUACUUUGGAUUUGCCUUUCCAUUUUAUCUGAUCAUAUACUACCACUGCGGACCCAAUGCUGGUGAGCGAGAAAGCGCACAUGCAAUCGUCAUCUCUGCUCCUGCGUCCUGUCCCUUCGGUCAACCUCCUCACGACCCCAAUGGGCAUUUUGAAUGAUCACAGUGACGUCAAGAUGCCUGAAUCACCGGUAGACCAAGCCUUGACCAAGUCCAUGUCCAUGUCCCAACCCAGUUCUCUAGUAGGACCAAACCUCUCAGCCCAUCCUAGAUCUCAUUCAACAAGUUCAUCAACAGGUUCAAUAGUGAAUGGCCUGCAUUCACCCAGGAGUAUGAACGGUACCCCUUCCCCACCGACAGGCCUUGGGGGCGUGGCUGUCUCUGCUAUCCAAGGUGUACCAGCCAAUCAAGAGGUCCCUGCUGCUUGCGGAGCUCGUCAGCUCAGUAAGCUCAAGAGAUUUCUCACCACACUCCAGCAGUUUGGAUCCGACAUAUCGCCAGAGAUUGGAGAAAGAGUCAGAGGUCUUGUAAUGGGUCUAGUGAACAAUGCUCUAACUGUAGAAGAAUUCCACAACAAACUUCAGGAAGCCACCAACUUUCCUCUCAGGCCAUUUGUUAUCCCAUUCUUAAAAGCGAACCUACCUUUGUUACAGCGAGAGUUGAUGCAUUGUGCCCGGCUAGCCAAGCUUAGCCCUCAACAGUACUACCUUCAACAUGAACACCAACUCCUGGAACCCAAGACUAACAGCGUUGACCCCACGGAGCAUCUCAUGGAGGUCAACGAGAACGGGAAGAGGAAGACACCAGAAGAGAGGAUGAUAGCAAGGCCGAAGGAGAAUGGAUCGAAUGGAGGCGAGCGUCUGGGGGAAGGGCCGCACCCCAAGAGACACUGUAACGUGGGGGGAUCACCAACUCACCCCACCUCAGCUUACCCCCCUCUCAAUCACUUCCCUCACUCCCUGUCUGCAGCUCAUCAUGCCUUUAGGGUGGAGGAUCUAGGGACCGGUCAGGGGGCUGGCAUCGCCAGGGACUCCAGGGAUCUGAGAGAGAUGAGAGAGAUGAGAGAAAUGAGGGAACGGCUGGAGAGGGAAAGGGAACGAGAUAGACAUACUCCUCAUGGUAAGGAAGCCUUUCCACCAUUCAGGGAAGUGUAUCCUGAUCCUAUGUUGUUUGAAGACAGAGUAGAAGAUGAUUGGAAACAUGUUGAGACGAUGCUGCAGUGCAUCAUUGGUAUGGUUGAGAAGACCAAACGAGCGUUAGCUGUUCUACACCAGCGCAGCAUCCAGGAUCGAGAGGAGCUAGCUCAUUGGAAUAGGAGACAAUCAUCACAGUCUGGAGGUAAUGAGUCAGGGGGUAAGAAGAGGACGGAUGAGAUGAUGGCUCAGACUCUAAGACAGACGGAGGACAGAGUGACCGAGGUCAAGAGACGAGCAGAAGAAGCAGUGAACGAGGUCAAGAGACAAGCCGUCUCUGAGCUGCAGAAGGCUGUAACAGCCGCUGAGCGUAAAGCUAAUGAGAUGGUGAGUGCUGAACGGACCAAGCUAGACCGUGCUAUCGUAGAGGCUAGACAACAAGCAUCAGAUGAAGCUCUGGGACUUCUUAAUCAUCAAGAAGACUCCAGUGAGAGUUGUUGGAACUGUGGGCGUAAGGCCAAUGAGACCUGCAGUGGAUGUAACACUGCCCGAUACUGUGGUGCCUUCUGUCAACACAAAGACUGGGAGAACCAUCAUAGGAUGUGCAGUCAAUAUGCCAACAACUCUGCUACCGGUGGUCAGCUGUUACCAGGGUUCCCUCUGAGCUCCACUGCUCCUCCAUCCAUGCCCCCCUCCACCAUCUCCGUGGCUAGUCCUUCCCCAGCAGCCCUCAGGAGUCUUACCCCCGUGGUUGUCAGCACGGCAGCAGCAGCAGCAGCAACGGCUGCAGUUCCCCCGUCGUCAGCACCCACGCCCACAUCAGCUGCCAGUCCUACUGGAUCGCAUCACUCCAAUGCAUCAAAUCGAUCAGGGUCUCCGGCAACCGCAUCAUCCGCUGCCGCCAUCCCUCAGGAAUCAUAGCAGGAUCGUGGGCAGUGAUGAAAGAGUUCAAUGUCGAGACCGAGUCAUGAUCCUAUUGACAAUAUUCAGGAUAUUGCCACUCUGUUGCUGAUCUCCUAAGUCUAAUAUACCAUGCAGAUCCUUGCUCUAAGCAGUCCCAAGUGUGCAUAUAAUAGACUAUAAAAUCCCUUGUGGGACAAAUAUUUGAGUUUUAAACACUCAACUACAGUGGUAACAUAAAUGGACUUGUUAAAAGCCACCUAUAUAAAGAGUUCCUUCUGUGGAGGAUGUUUGGAUUGUUUUUGUAGCAUCAAGCCAAAACCAAUUGAUUGGGAAAAUCAGUAAACACAUCUCAAUGUUGUAUAGCAUGGAAGCAUCACUAGCAAAGAUUUUACUAACAACUUAUGUCCUGUGGCAAGACAUUAAUCAACAUUAGCCACUCUCCACCCAGGGGGGUACUGGUAGGAAGGAAUUCGUAGAAUACCAUUAGCACAGUAAUCAAUAGCCUAGCUACAGCUGGAUAAUAUUGGAGCGUCUUGUUCGCUAUAAAAAAUAUGUUAUUAUUGAAAAAGUAAUCUCUCAAAAUAUGAUGCGACUUGGAAUAGGAAUUAAAGUUUAGCUGUUGAUUGAUUCAACUUAUUCAUUCCUCUAGCACGGUGCUGGGCAGCCAUUUUGUUAAUACAAAUCAAGUCAUCUUCGGUGUGCUUUUGAAACAUACUGUGGUGUGAAAGUUAUAUUACUGCCUUAGUAGCUAUCUCAAGUCUAAACCUCCCCACUCUAUAUUAAGAAUCAAAUUCAUAGUGGAGUUUAAACCAUAAAAGAAUGGAUAAUGCAAAUAUCCAUUUGAAUAUAAACAAAAUCAUUUUUGUACUUCACGAAUAUGGUAGAGGAGGUUUGGUAAUUUUGUGUUUAGAAUAUUUAAUGCAACUCGUAAAUAAAAUGACGAAAGCUAGUUUCUUAUCUCUCUGGCUAUGCCUGCAAUGAAUAAAACAUUCCAUGUUAAGGUAUAACUUGUCUUUACAGUGAUGUUAGGCUAUGCAAUGUGGAGAUUAACCUGGAAUUACAAUCAAACAAACUCUUGACAGAUUUGAGGGUAAAUUUUUUGUUCUCGUUGAACCAACUGCUGGUUGAUAUUGAACUGAUCUAAAGAUUUACUGUGAAGUCCACUUGUAGAUUAAGGUCAAAUGCUGCUAAUUUAGAUGUCUGCAGGAUUCUAUUAUUUUGUGUUAACACCCUCAUAUGUAAUAUGUUGGAAAUAUUUUUCGUGAAGAAUUUCAUGUAGCGUUUCAAACUUUUGUUUUUAUUAGCUGGACUAUGAUAUAGUUAUAUUAGUAUUUCUCUUGAAAGUAACUAAGGAUCAAAACCCCGCACAAGGUUGUUUUAUAGUUUCAAAUUUGUACAGAGUGUGGGGUUUUGUAUAUUUCAGUGUUCAUAACUGUUUGUUCUGAGGUUUUGUCAUUUUUGUUUUCUGAAACUAUUCCCCACCUUGUUAAUUUGAAUGUGACUCAAGUCUUUAGAGAUUGUAAUGUCACUAAGCCUUCAGUCUCUUCUUUUCCUGCGCAAUAUUCUUUUUGUAUUAUUUUCAUGCAGGAAUUACAAAAUUGGCUUUGUUUUUUAUCACUUGGUUAUAAGAAUGAUGAUCAUAAUUUUCUUCUUUGUGUGUGAAAUUGGAAAUGUAUAGAUAGUCAUAAACUGGCACAAUUCAGUAGUGAUUUUUCUAGGAUUUAUUGUGACAAAUCAAAACAAAGAAAAAUCAAUUGGCAUUUAUUAUGUACCUCUGCAUUACAUUUUGAAGACAAAAUUCGUAUUAUGAAAGGGAAUUCCACCAGUACACAUUUUCAUUAUUUGAUUCAAGAGGAAACGGAUUAAUUUCACUAAAACACCGACAAAUAUGGCCAAGUUAUUUCUCUUUUGUUUGGUAACUUCUUUUAUCACUUUUAUAUUUUAGACACAUUAUUGAGAAGCUCGGUCAACUAUCUUCAUUUCAUUU